AUAGUUGUAUACGACGACACCGGCCCCAUCAACGACCGUAUAGAUCAGCAAAAGCAACAUCUAAGACAGGAACAGCAAAGCUGGGAAAGCGAGCCCACUCAAGAUAUCUGACGCCGAAUACUGCCAUCAACCAUGUCCUUCUACGAAGCAACGCCCCACAACCGCGUGCUCAACCACAUCGCCCUACACGUCCCCGACCUCGACGCCGCCGUGGAAUGGUACACCAAACUCUUCGGCUUCCGCCGCCUCCGCAGCGCGCCCGUGUGCUGCGACCGAUCCACCGACCCCUGCGCGCCCAUCUUCCGUGUCUACGACAGCAAGCUCCACAAAGUAAAGCUCGCAUUCAUGUCCACGGGCAACGGGGUCGGCUUCGAACUCUUCCAAUUCAUCGAUCCGCCUAUGUCUGAACCCGCUUCCUUCGAUUACACCAGGGGCGGUGUUUUCCAUAUCGCAGUCACGGACCCGGACCCGGAGGCAUUACUCCAGAGAGCGGUCAAGGCGGGAGCGAAGCAGAUUGGUGAGCCGGUUGUUCCGGCGUCUUGUGAGGGGGAGGCGGAGAAGCAGAUCGCGCUGUACAUGCAGGAUCCAUGGGGGAAUGUGAUUGAAGCGUGUAGUUGUAGCUUCGAGAAGAUGAUGGCGAACCGGGAAAAGUAGAGACUGGGGCGGAGGAUUGAAGAGGGGUGCGUUGAGUUCGGAGGCGGGGUGUUCUCGCUAUACAUUUCUUUCGGCACGGAACGUUGGCGUCGCGUUUGGGUAGCC